UUGCUGACGUGUUGCUGACUUGCUGACGGUAGAUUGAGGAAUUAAUUAGGGAACUAGUUAAUACCACUUAUGAUAUAGCACAAAAUAAUGGUACGCAAUAGAAUAACACUGCUUCUUUAAACUGAAUUCAACUGCAAAAACCCGCACGUAGAAACUAGAAAUAUACUUGUCAGCUGUACUUUUGUGUGACAUUUUGAAAAUGGAAUGUUCUUGUUUUUUACCCGACUACGGCAAAGCCGAAAGGAAGGGUUAUGAUUUUAUUGUUUUUCUGGUCGGUGUUUUAGUGAUGCGAAUUUUAAUGAACGACGAACAAAAAAGUAUACAGCCUGGAAAACAAAAUAUUGAAAAAAAACAGUAGUCAAAGUCAUAGAGAGAUCUCAAAAUAGAUGACCACGAAGAACAGAGCAGUUCUGUAAAAACUGAAAAAAGCACAAAUGAAAGCUCCAUACAAAAUGGAAACAGUUCAGAUCAUGAAGGGAGCUUCUAAAUAUAAAGAAACAGAAAAUAGACAAAGUUCAAAAGGCUUUCUAAACAAUAUCCUCCGAAAUAACCAGGCUCGCCAAUGUUGUGGGUCAUUUUAUGAAAGACUUUACUGGUCAAGGAAAGGUAAUUUUAUCUAAAGAUGACGAUAUCUCAAAUGAUAUAAUAGAUAUGGAAAAUAUAACGAAUUCCAAAAAACCUGAAGACAAUAAUAUUCAUAAAGAUCUUACUGUAAUAGAUAUAUCAAAUGAUAUAAUACCUAAAGACACAACUAAACCAGAGAUCCAUAUAGAACUACCAGUGUAUAAUAUUACCUCAUCUGAAAAGGUCAAGAAUGAUGGUCAAGAUAUUCGUAUAAACGGGUCUAUACCAAAUCAAAAUAUUAGUGAAACCACCACUAUUAGAAAUAUAUCAAAAAAUUGUGAUCAUACAAAUUCAAAUGAUGAAGAUGACGACUAUAAUAAUAUAAUAAUCGAUCCAGAACAAAGUAUACAUUGUGAUACCAUCGAAAGAGUGGAUAACGGCACUGCUUUAAUACUUACCCCUUUUAUCGAAAGCGGGCGACUCAAAGAAGCUCGGAACGCUUGCAAGGUCAACCCAGAAGUGUUUCUAGGAUACGAAAGUUAUUCGGGCUUUCUGACAGUUAAUAAAACUUAUAAUUCCAACACAUUCUUCUGGUAUUUUCCUGUUCAGAACAAAAAUGUGAAUGAGACACCUUGGAUUAUUUGGUUGCAAGGAGGUCCUGGUGUGUCCAGCUUGAUUGGACUGUUCGAUGAAAUAGGGCCGUUUAAAUUUAAUACCUUUGGAAAUUUAAAAGAGAAUCCUUACACGUGGUUGAAGAACCAUUCGCUCGUCUUCAUCGACAAUCCUGUUGGAACUGGUUACAGUUUUACUGAGCAUCACGAUGGAUUUGUAAAGGACAUGGCCACGUACGGCAUGCACUUAUACGAAGCAGUAUCCCAGUUUCUGCAAAUAUUUCCGGAACUCAGGAAGGCGCCGUUAUUCGUCGCAGGGGAAUCUUACGCGGGAAAAUAUGUGCCAGCCCUCGCCAUGGAGAUUCACAAACAUAAGGAUUUACCGGAAUCUGAUAUCAACUUAGAGGGUGUAAUAAUAGGCAAUGCUUUUGUGGACCCGAGUGAGAUAGCUAAUGUGACACAUCCCUUUUUGUACUUCGGUCUUCUCAAUAGAGAGCAAAUAGAAAUAGUGAAUCCGUUGCUGACGUCCUUCCAACAGGACAUAGCCAACAAAAAUAGUGUCGGAGCGAAAAACAAAUGGACCAGCCUAAUCUCCAUUUUGUUGUUCCUGACACAUCAAAAGCAAGCCUACAAUUUCUUGAAGGACGAGAUGACUUACGGUCGCUUCGCCAGCCACCUCAAGAGUACGGAAAUAAAGCGCGCUUUGCACGUCGGCGAUAUCGAGUACUCGUUCAUCAACAUAACAGUUAACUAUGUUAUGGCGAAGGAUUUCCUCAGCAGCUCCACGUCACUGUUUGAAGAACUUCUUGAAAAUAACUAUCGAGUUCUAGCUUAUUGUGGUCAGCUGGACCAGAUGCUGCCGUGCGUGUUCACGUCAGAGCACUACCGCACGUGGCAGUGGAAUGGAACCUCGGAGUUUCUGGAAGCUGCCAGAUAUCCUUAUAUCUUCAAUGCCAGACUUGCUGGGUAUCACAAAACAGGGGGUCGUUUGACGGAGGUGGUGAUCCGCGGCGCGGGGCACAUGGUGCCGGUGGACGAGCCCGCGCCCAUACAGAACCUGGUGGCGCGCUGGACGCACAGCAAGCCGCUCAGCAGGCGCUUCGGCCUGCUGGAGGGCUCCUAUGUGCAGGAGUUCGUUAGGAACCACUCCGCUGUGCACUUGCAAUGACGUCUCGUGGAACAUCCCAGAACAAGCGAAGCUUACAACCAAUCGCAUUAUUGAAAGAAGACGCGAUAAAAUUUUCGCGUCAUCUAAAUAUUUAAAAAGGAAAGUCCCGACUCACUGACUGGCUCAUCAAACCCUGGCCCAAAAUCCUUUAAUUUAAAACCUGAAAUUUUGCAAAGUUCUCUGUAUAAUGUAGACAAGGAAUAAGACCAGAUUUUUUAAAUUUCCAUGGAAUAAGGACUAUGGAGGAUUUAUAUUUUUGCCGAACGAAGCCGCAGGCGAGCGCUUGCCUAUCAGUAAUCUGAUUGAUCAUGUAAAUACAUCUACGCUCUGCUCCAUUUAAGUGGGCAGGCAUCUUAAAGAUGUGUUUCCACAAACGUAGUACGCGCGCUCUUGAGUGCUUGAACAGAGACAUAAGCUGAGUGCUUGAACAGGACGUCAGGAGAAUAUUGUUAUUCCGCCGCAAGCCCACACAUUGUAUAAUAUCGAACCUCAUAAUCCGAUCUACUAAAUUCGAAACGUGGAAAAACGCAAAGGAGUUCCAGGUUCUCGGAGAUAGUAGAUUAUUUCAUUUUUAUAAUAGAUUAUUUCAUUUUUAUAAAGAAACAUCUCAGUUGAAAUAAAAUAUGUUAAGUUUGAUUUAUCAUAAAAUCUUAGAUAAGUACGUA